UCUUUCAGGAUAAAUCAGCAGAUAUGUCCUCAAAGAGUAGUGCAUCUGCUUCACUUAUGAGCUUAGCUCCAUAUUCUCUCUCCAUGAAUCAUCAUGGCCGUGGUGAUGUUAUGCCAUCAGGAGCACUACUUGCAACAAGGCGUCUAUUGGAAGAAAAUAAUCAGGCCCUUAACAAAAUUUCAGCUAACCUCUCAACAUUCAAGUUGCAGGACAAUGUUUAUCUUUUUUUCCAGACGAAGAACAACUUAACUGCCGUUUUAAAUAACAUGAAAAAUAUGCCAGGGAUUAUGAGCCAAAUGCCACCACUUCCAGUUUUCUUGAAUGAGGAACUUGCUAGUAGUCUUUUGCCUAGUUCAUCUCAGCCCAUGAUGUUUGGCUGCAGAAGCGGAAUCCGGUUGAAACAGGAGCCAGCUUGUUGAUAGAGAAUGCUUGGUGCUCAGUUUGGAUUAUUGGCUAGUGUAAGUACACAAUUUUAGUGUAAAUGCAUAAUAAGCUGGCAGUACUUACAAUGAUCAGGCCGAUGCGAAGAAUAUUUCUGACCCAUUUUCGGAAACUGAAUAUCGAGCAUAAAGUACCAGGAAAUAACAGCCUUACUUCAUCUCUUAUCGUGCAAAACUGUGCCGAGAUAAUGCACUUAGAAGCUUAAGGUCACGUUUCCCCUUUCCGCGUGAAAAUUCGAGUAACAAAUAUAACUUCUGAAUCAUCCUUUAGUAUUGUAAUGUUAUCCUUUUGCAGCUUCUUGCAUUGUUUAUCUAAUUUGCUGUAAAAAUCGAAUUAUUGAGUAUUGGAUUGAAGUGAACUCAAAUAGAGCGGCAUGGAUAUAAAUUUGUGGAGCCACCCUUAUCCAACGGGCGUCAACUCACACCACUGGAAGAUUACAUUGUAUAGAUAAGAAACUUUUUUGUUGAUGUAUAUAUUGCAUGUUGAAUCCCAUUGGCUACUUCGUGUGUGUUUCUUUAUAUU